UUUGCUCGGUUCGUCCCUGAUGAUAAGCUAUAGCCUCUUUUUCUGUUCAACCAUAAAGGUUUAGAUUAUGGAUUCAUCAAGUUCUUGAAUUCUAGGGGUCCUGCUUCUUCCUUUUUGCGGGAUCCAUUGUUGGUUUACAAUACAACAACAGCGAUAUACCCAGUGAAACCCACAAAGUGGGGUCUGGGGAUGGUAGAGUGUACGCAGACCUUACCCCUACCUUGGGAGGUAGAGAGGUUGUUUCCUGUUGGUUUACAAUAAAGGUACAUAUAUGUUCUGCUAAUUACCUUUUGCUGGAGUAUUUUUUUCAUAAUGAAAUAGUAGGCAUCCUUGCUUCAGCCAAAGACUCUUGCAGUCUUUUUUCAAUUGCUAAUGGUGGGAUGUAGAGCAGGGAAGAAGAGUGGAAAAGAAUGGAGGAACAUAAACAAAGGCUAUGGUGCUGGCAGCUCCAGUGUGUUGAAGAAAAUAUCGCCUUAUGUCGUUCCUGGUGAUAUUCUUUUUUUCCUGCUUUUCUAUUUCUCAGUUUAGGGGUUUCCUUGACAUUUCUUCGAUACAUUCUUUUAUGCAUCUUAAUUUUUGCUUUCAAGUUGCUACUCAGUUGGUUUGCUCAAUUCCUUGUUUGAAUUUCAUAAUUAUAAUAUAUUUGUGAUCUUGGCUACCGGCUUUUAUAAAAUUAGCUUAAGAUAAUUCGUUAGAGAAUGAAAGUUGCUAUUGAAAGUUGAAACACGAGAACGGAACAAUUGAUGAAAAAAUUAACCUUGAGAAUUCACUGCUCUUGGUAUAGAAAUGGAUAAGCAGGCCCUUUAGUUUGGGUGUCUAAGGUGGGGUUCUGUGCAUCUGAUUGAGGUGCUUUCUUAUAUAUAAAAUACUUUUUCCAGAUUCCAAACUAUUAUAUAUUGAGGUUUUCGUACAAAGCAAUAAAACUUUUGAUAUGUCUCAGAAAUUGGUUUCAUCCCAUUCAAAAUUCAUUUAUACUGGCAGGAGGAGUGAUCUGGCUCUUUUAUGAUCUUCAAUUUUCGGUUUCACCAGUCAAACGGUUUUCUGGAAGUGUUUGCAAGGCUGAUCUUGACCUUGCCGCCUUGAUUUUAGCAACCUCCUUUCCACUAGAUCUUUGUAAUAUGUAGCUCUUUAAACAUUUUUGUAAGCUCCUCCUCAAGCUUAAAUCUUUCAAAGAUUGCUUAUUGCCAUUGCCAUUGCCAGCAGUGCCUUUGCUUUCUUUCAUACGAACCAAGUUUUCCUUGUCAUCUGAAAUGCUUGUCGCUGCUGAUGAAUUCUUUAAUGGUGUCAAGCAGCUUGUUUGAGUGAUAAGUUCAUAGGAUUCAGUGCCUCAGUGAAGACUGUCUAUGGGGCACUAUUAGGUAUGAGAGAAGCCAGGGGAGGAAGAGCAUGAGCAGCACUAUCCACAUUAGCCUCAGCAUGAUCAAUUACAGAUUCUUCCAUAGGUUCUUCUCCAGCAACUUCCGUGUUAGCUUCUGAAAUAUCUUUCAGACACCGUUGAUUUCGACUCACCUUAGCCUCGACCUCAGAGUUGAAUUGCCUGAACAAAUACACUUCAUGAUAAUCUAUGUUAGUGUCUGGACUGGCUCACAGGUUUCCUAUCAACUCUUGUUUUCCUGCCACAUUGGAGUUACAUUCUACACCCUCAUCCACUUGAAAUUCAAACAUUUGAUUAAAAUUAUAUUCUUCCUCUCCAUUUUCUGCCACAAAAUCAGAUGCAUCACCACAAUGGGGCUCAUCCUGUUCAUGCAGACCACCUGAAUUUCUCUUUGUAUCGUCACCCAAGUUCUAGCUUUUGUUCGGAAAAUCUUUUUCCUUUUUAGCCUCAGCAUGAUCAAUUUCAGAUUCUUCCAUGGGUUCUUAUCCAGAAACUUCUUCAGAUCCAUUGUUAUUGUGACCAAGUGCUACUUCCUAUGAGCUCUCUUCUGCUUUUGUAUCUAAAGCAAAAACUACCAGGUCAUUUCCAGUGUCUUGUUGCACACCAUAUUCCAUGUCUACUUCAUCAUUUUGCACCAAAGGUAUUUGAAUCGUGAUCUGAUACCGUAUCGGAUUCAUUCUUGAUGUCCAAACUCUCACAUGAUUCCAAAUCAAUACCAUUUUUGUCUGAUUCUUCAGUCUGCUGAACAGAAUACUGCUCAGAGUCCACCUCCAAACUCUCGUCAGUUUCAUCAGAAAACGCAUCGACUCUUCAUUCUCUUGUGUGCUUGAUUCCUGCAUACAUUUCCCAGCUAACCUCACCGAUCGACUAGUGCUGUAUACUUGCCUAAGUGAACUCUUUGCCUUCACUUUCUUUCUUUGGCUAGUGAGAACAGCUGCUGGUGUCUCUGGUACAUCUUUCUUUUCUUCCUCAAUCUGAUCCCCAGUAUUCUCUUUUGGUUCACAUUCCUUCAUUACAGUGUCCAGCUUACUGGAUGUUCCUCUCGUUAUGCAGCAACUCCUACUCAAGGUCUGCAAAGUUUCUGAGUCAUGCUAUAUUGUCUUUUGUUGGGUAGGCGACCAGUCCGAGGUACACUUGUUACUGCUUCGGACUUCCAGGAGACUCCAUGGAUGAGUUUGCAAUAUCAGAUUCACAUGUUUUCAAGACCUCUUCAAUACCAUCACCAAACUCGAGAGAUUGAAGAGCAUCAGCCACGGCAACAUUGGUGAUGUUAGCUUGCAAUUCUCUCCUUGUGAGGCUGUGGAAAUCCACCCCUGUGAUUGAAAUGAAACAGGAAAUCGAUAUGCAAUUGUUGGGGGGUGGGGAGGAGGUUUUUACGAGCGGCACUUGGAUUUUCCAUCUGAAUAUCCCUAGAUAUGUAGUACAAAGUGUGGAUAUUUGCUACUUAUAGUAAGCUAAAAUCUUCGAGAACAAACUAAAGUUGGAACUGUGAUGUAUAAGGUAGGUACUAGUAAGUAGUAUUCAAUAUUGAGGCUGCAAAAUGGAAUUCUUCAGCUUAAGCCGCAAACCUUUUUAGUGUUAUUAAUCUAUUUGGAAGCAUAGACUGUGUAUACUGUUAUUUAAUUGUGUAUUUCUAAGCGUAGGCUGUGUAUACUGUUAUUUAAUUGUGUAUUUCUAACAUGGUCUUUUUCAUGAUGGACAGUGGCAGCUGAUGCAAAGUCAUGUUCUCAUAAGUCAGCUACCCGCAGAUAUAUACAAGGCAUGUGUGGAGGAUGAAAAGAAAUCACAUGUCACUGCUCUUACUUUUGUCGUUACUAGCAUUGUUAAACUUGCUGGAGGAAAAAUUAAUGAAGAAAAUCUUUGGCAUCAGUUGAGACGGCUGGGAUUGUCUGAAACUGAUGAAAGCCAUCCUGUUCACGGAAACGUCAAACUAGCAUUGGAAGCAAUUGUUCAACAAAGAUACUUGCACAAAGAGAAAGUUAAUGGUCCAGAAGGUCAUACAACGUUUUCUGAACUUGCUGAGAGGGCACUAGAUGAGCCAAUUAAUGAUGGAAUGAAGAGCAUAUAGCAAAGGUAUAUUCACACUUUUAUU